GAGCAGGAAGUAGAGCAAAAGAGAUUAGAAGCUGAGAUUAGGAGUAAUUUAAUUAGAGAACAAGGGGAAAAAAUUAGGCAACAAUCCGGACAAAUAGAUAAUUAUCAACGCUUAUUAAGGAUUAGUGAGGAUAAUUUGAAAAAAUGUCAAGGGAUUAUUCAGCAGAAAGAACAGCAAUUGGAGGAAUUAGAAAAAGAGAAAGAUUUGAUUGGGGAGGAAUUAUCUUUAGCAAAUAGCAAAAUCCAAGAGUUAGAAUCGACCUUGUUGGCGGCUAAUGGUAAGAUGGGGAGAUUAGAAGCCCGGAUUAGGGAAUUGGAAAGUAAAGGGGAUAAUAGUGAGGAGUUGGAAAGAUUAAAAAAAGAACUUGCGGCCGAGAAGCAAAAAAGUCAAUCAGAGAGGAGUAAAUCCCAAAGUGAGAUAAAUCGUCUAAAACAAGAAUUACAACAGACUAAAUUGCGAGAGGAACAAUUAGCUCAAAAGAUUAAAGAAUUGGGGGCUAAAACAGUAAAAAUUCAGGAAGUAGUUGAGAAAAGUUUUUGGGAGAGUGUUAAGACUCCUUUGUUUUAUGGGGUAGGAGUAAUAAUAGUAGUGAUUGGUUUAGUCUGGGUUAUUAGUUGGUUUACUUCCUCACCGACUAAAAGUGAUAAAAAGGCUGAGGAGACUAGGAGAUGGUUGACGGAUAAAGAGAUUGAUUGGGCAACUGCAAAAAUGGAAAAAAAACAAUCAAAUGCCGGGCUCUUUUCCGGUAAGGAAGAGGAAUUAUUUACUUAUUUGCUAAGUGAAUUGACCGAUGCAACUGCGGAAUUAGUUUUUAUUCCGGUUAAUCAGUCUAAUUUCCAUUGGUCGCUUCUGGUUUAUGAAACCAAAACUAAAACUUUUUACCACUAUGACACUUUAGGAGGAGCCAAUUGA